ACAACAAUCAUCGCGAGACUGUCCGUCAGCCGAAGGAAUCCCCGAAAGAUGGCGGCGCCGCCAGACGAGGGGAGCUUGGAGUCUCGCAUCAACAAAGCUACCAACCCACUCAACAGAGAGACAGACUGGGAUAGCAUUCAAGCCUUCUGUGAACGACUGAACAAUGAACCUGACGGUCCUCAGCUGGCCACCAGGCUGCUGGCCCACAAGAUCCAGUCACCCCAGGAGUGGGAAGCCAUGCAGGCGCUAAUGGUUCUGGAAACAUGCAUGAAGAACUGUGGGAAAAGGUUCCAUAGCGAGGUGGGGAAGUUCCGCUUCCUGAACGAACUCAUCAAAGUAGUCUCUCCCAAGUAUUUAGGCUCCCGUGCCCCAGAGGCGGUGAAGAAGAAAGUGCUGGAGGUCAUGUACAGCUGGACCUUGGUGCUGCAGGAGGAGACCAAGAUCUCUGAUGCUUAUCAGAUGCUGAAGAAGCAAGGCAUUGUGAAGCAGGACCCGGCACUUCCUGAUGAUAGAUCCCUCCCAAUACCGCCCCCCCGCCCCAAGAACACUAUCUUUGAGGACGAGGAGAAGUCAAAGAUGCUGGCCCGCCUGCUGAACAGCACUCACCCCGAGGACCUGCGGGCCGCCAACAAACUCAUCAAGGAAAUGGUGCAGGAAGACCAGAAGCGGAUGGAGAAGGUGUCCAAGCGGGUGAACGCCAUCCAGGAGGUGAAGGAGAGCGUGGGGCUGCUGACUCAGCUGCUGGGGGACUACAGCAACGAGAGCGCCCAGAACAACGAGGAGCUCAUCAAGGACUUGUACCAGCGCUGUGAGAAAAUGAGGCCCACGCUGUUUCGCCUAGCCAGCGACACGGAGGAUAACGACGAGGCCUUAGCGGAGAUCCUGCAGGCCAACGACAGCCUCACGCAGGUGAUCAACCUGUACAGGCAGCUGGUGAAGGGGGAGGAGGUCAACGGGGACAGCUCCAGCAUGCCGCAGCUCAAAGGAAGUAGCACUGCUCUGCUGGACCUGUCAGGCCUCGACACGUCGCCCUCUGCUCCGACCGUCCCAGAAUUCCCCUCUCAGCCCACCCCGUCGCAGGAAAUUGGCAUCAGCCUGCUGGACGAUGAGCUGAUGUCGCUAGGAUUGACUGAUGUGGCCCCUGCAAGCACUAACCUGGCAUCCCCGUCUGGAGACGCCACCACAUGGAACUCUUUUCAGUCUUCUGAUAGUGUCGACACACCUGCUCCAGUCGCACCUGCCGCGGUGCUGUUGCCCUCGGUGACGGCGGCACCCGCGGCACCUGCAGCCCCGGCCGGUGGCGCCCCCCCCACCGCCAAGGCCCUGGACGAGCUGGACCUGCUGGGCAAGACGCUGCUGCAGCAGUCCCUUCCCCCCGAGAGCCAGCAGGUCAAAUGGGACAAACUUCAGUCUCAGUCCAAGCCCACUCUGCGUGACCUUCAGACCAAGACGACCACGAACCCCAGCCCGACCCCCAGCCCCAUCCUGACCCUGACCUCCGACCAGCCGGGGACGCUCCUGGACGCCCAGCCCGGCCUCGGAGCGCCCUCGCUAGACCUGACCUCUGGCACGAGCACGCCCCCCAACGACAUCUCCUUAGCUAAUGUGAAUGUACCCUUGGAGUCCAUCAAACCUAGUAGCAUGUUGCCCGUGACGAUAUUUGACAAGCACAGUUUGCGGGUGCUGUUCCACUACGCGCGGGACUGCCCCCCGUCGCGGCCGGACGUGCUGGUGGUCAUCAUCUCCAUGCUGUCCUCCGCCCCCAUACCCAUCACCAACAUCCGCCUGCAGUCGGCCGUCCCUAAGACUAUGCGUGUGAAGCUACAGCCUCCGUCCGGCACGGAGCUGCCGGCUUUCAACCCCAUCCUCCCCCCCGCCGCCAUCACCCAAGUCCUGCUGCUGGCCAACCCUCACAAGGAGAAAGUACGAUUGCGGUACAAGCUUACCUUUGAUCUCGGAGAGGAAUCACACGAUGAGUCUGGGGACGUCGAACAGUUCCCACCACCAGAGAACUGGGGGAACCUUUAGGAAGACGGACCAGCUUCCUGUUUGACGACCCGUUCUGCUUCCUUAACUACCCCUUUGCCCGACGGCGUGAACUCGAUACAAUAUUCCUGUCAAUGGUCCUGCUUUUUGAAUCUGCGGUCCGUUUUCAUUGGCCACUGCGGUCUUCUGGCUCCGCCUCUCGCCUACCCUGUCUGAGUCUGUCUCGUGUGUCCGUUUCUUUAUUUCUCAUUCCAAUGAUUGACGGUUAUGAAAUCAGCCAUGUCCCUUCUGCUUGAACACUGUACUUGAUUUAGCUGUGUGCAAAUGUAACCAACUACUACUACGACAACAACCCCGUUGCUUUGACUUCCGAGCAAGUAAGUUGGGCCUUUUUAAACAAAAUGUCAGGUGUGUGUGCAUGUAUUUGUGUGUGUGAGCAAGCGAGAGAGUGAUUGAGUGAGUGAGUGAGUGAGUGUGUGUGUGGGACUGUUUGCAUUUCUGUUCAGCAUUUACUCAUCUGUGUCGUCAAAUACUAUAGAAAGAAUGAAACAAAGCCUUCGGUCCAGUCGUCUCGGUUUUACCAGUGGCGUAGGGGCAGGUACAUGCAGUGGGCAGGUGGAGGUCUCCAACUACACAACCGGAUAAAGUGUCUGUGACUGUGAUCUAGAACAUGCAUCCAGUCCUCUACAAAGGAAAUCCAAAUUAUCCCUUUACAAGGACUUGAAGUUGAUCUGAUUGUUUUCACCUGUUUUUGUUUGUUUGUUUGUUUGUUUGUUUGUUUGUUUGUUUUGGUUCUGUCUGAUAUUCCACAUGAAGUUGCACUUUCUUUUGCACAUUAUCUCCCAAAUACUGACUUAUUGUUUUACUCCACUACAUUACGUAGUAUUCACUCUAGACAACACAGUUUCAGCUCACCUGGUCUUUAGAAGGAACCUUAAAAGGGGGUACCAUGCAGACUAUAUGUACUCAUGGUCCUGCUCUGUCUUCAGAAGGAACCUUAAAAGGGGGUACCAUGCAGACUAUAUGUACUCACGGCCCUGCUCGGUCUGCUCUUCCCCUGUUGAGUGCUGUAGACACCCCCAAAGGGAGCCCUGGUUUCGGGGAUCCACCAGGCAAGCUGUCAAUGCUGAAUUCUUGUUUGAAAAUCUGCCGUAUGUGCCUGAUCUGACACGUUUCUUUCACAUUUGUAGUUCCAGUCUUGUUCUGAUUAUUUUCUCUUUUUUUCUUUUUCUUUUUUUUUCUUUUUCUUAAAAACAGCUGUGUAGAGAUUCAUGUCAUGCAUUAGUCUUUUGAGUUUGGAAUUCCAUUUUGAAGAGAGCUGUUUGCAAAGGGUUUAUGUUUGUCGUUUAUUUCUUGUUUCUGGUUGGGAAAGUAAAUGUGUUCACACACUAACCAUAGAGUGCACCAGGGACAGGGAGUUAUUUGGAAACAAUUUGUGUGUUAAUUUGUGAGAUCAUGAGGAAUAGAAAACGGUUAACACAGUUGGAACGCUCCAUCACUGUCGGAGCGAACCAUUCUCCACCUGUGCGGCCUCCCUGGAUCCUCCCCUGGACUAUUCUCACGUGAAACCCAUUGUGAUGUUGCACUUCUGACUUGUUACCCCCCCACCCUUCUACCCUCCCCAUCCCAGUGUGGUUAAGCCUGUGGCCCCCUGGGGAGGCUAUGAAUCAGUGACGUCCCUCCAGGAGAGACUGGACUCAUGAGCUGAGCCUCGUACCCGCUCAGCUGAUGAGCUGAAUGGCUGGCACUUGAAGGAAGGCAGAGCUGACUGCCGUGGCUAACGUGGCAUCCUCACAGUCUCCCAAACACAUUCCGAAUACCCCCAUCUGCCCACCUGCAUCAUACUCCCAUCUCAUCUCACCCCCCCCCCCCCCUCUUAAUGCCCGCGCUACCUGCCCACUCCAUUGCCCUCCCUCAACAUUUCAUCCCUGGUCUGAUCUUGUAAAUAGUAUCGGUAUUGCAAUUAUGUACAUUUGCCAAAAAAAAAAAAAAGAAUACAAAGAAAUACAAAGAUGCAAAAUCAUUAUGGUGGGAAAAAUGGAGAGAAUGUAGUGCAAAUAUGUAUUUAAGGGAAAUAAAAGUUAUUCUUUUUCUCGAGGGUUUAAAACAA